AUGUCAACUGUCAUACGAAGUCUUUUAAGUUUAGCUUCAGUAGCAACUGUACAUCGUUAUAGUUCAUAUGCAUAUUUUUCAUUAUCAACUCCUUAUUGUUCAGCAAAAAAAUCAAUAUCAGAUGAAGUAGUUAAAGCGCAAACAGCUAAACCAAUAGAAGAUACAAUCUUUGGAAAAAUUGCGCGAAAAGAAAUUAAAGUUGAUUUACUUCAUGAAGAUGAUCAGUGUGUAGCAUUUCAUGAUGUUAAUAAACAAGCACCAACACAUUUUUUAGUUAUUCCAAAAGAACCUAUCCCACAAUUAUCAGCUUGUACAUCAUCAAAUGAAAAAUUACUUGGUCAUUUGUUAAUUGUUGCUGCACAAGUUGCUAAAAAACAAGGUCUAGCUGAUGAUGGUUAUCGUUUAGUUAUUAAUAAUGGACGAAAUGCAUGUCAAAGUGUUUAUCAUCUUCAUAUUCAUGUCCUCGGUGGCAGACAACUCGACUGGCCACCUGGUUAA